UGUAGUGCUCGGUGCCUGAGAGCGCGGCGAGGCGUAGAUGGGGGUCCCGGGCUGGUCUGGAAAAAGUUCCGCAGGGCACUCGUGGCUGCAGCCCCGGAGGGACAGCCACCGCACGGCACCGGGACACAGCUACUUCGCCCGGCCCUGCCCGCCCCGCCGGAGCCGGACGCGCAAUCGGGGGCGGGCUUCUGCGCCGUGCGGCCAAUGGGGGCCGGGACGGGGCGGCCCCGGCGCGGCGCCCAGGGUGGCGGUUGUUUCAAGAUGGCGGACGCGGAGGUUCCCUCCCGCCCCGGCGCGGCUGCGUUCUGGAGCCGCGACUUUUCUGAUGAAGAACAAUCAAUAGUGUAUGUUCCAGGAAUUUCUACAGGAGGAAAUACCAGAUCAAGACACAAGUUGAGUCCAAAAGCUGAUGUUAAACUUAAGACAUCGAGGGUGACUGCUACUUCCGUCUCCAUGGAGUGUUUAAAAGGUACAGGAGAUUCAGUGGAUGAACAGAAUUCCUGCAGUAAAAGAAUAAGGAGUGCAUCACUGAAGGAUUUAUGUCUUGAAGACAAAAAACGCAUUGCAAAUUUAAUUAAAGAACUGGCCAGAGUAAGUGAGGAAAAGGAAGUGACAGAAGAGCGACUCAAAGCUGAGCAGGAAUCAUUUGAGAAGAAAAUAAGGCAGUUGGAAGAACAGAAUGAACUAAUCAUCAAAGAAAGGGAAACUCUUCAGCUACAAUAUAGAGAAUGCCAAGAACUUCUUAGCCUCUACCAGAAAUAUCUAUCAGAGCAGCAAGAGAAACUCACCAUGUCUCUCUCAGAACUGGGUGCUUCUAGAAUGCAGGAACAACAGGCAUCCAAUCGGAAAAGCACUCUGCAGUCUUCAUCAGUAGAAAUGGAUGGUUCCUACUUGAGUGUAGCUAAACCACAAACCUACUAUCAAACCAAGCAGAGAGCUAAGUCUGCAAACCAGGAUUCAGUUUCAGAAUCCCUUGUGGAGUUUAAGAAUAAUUCUUUGAAACCAGCAGCCCUUCAUUAUACCAAAGAGGAUCUAGACACAAUUCUGUCAGAGACCAGAGCAUGUAAUUUUGGAUCCCCAGGGAAAAAAUUAGUAGAUGCAGUCCCUACAGGGAAAGCCCCACCAGAGGAAAUGAAGAUGAAGGAAUGCCAACACCUGAAGCCUACUCUGUCUAGUCACUGUUGUGGUCAUAGACUUUCUGAAAAUGCAGAUCAUGUUCAUGAGUGCCAUCCUGUAAACAUGGCCCCUCAAUAUUCCAGGACAUACCCAGAAUCAUGCAGUUAUUGUGGGCUUUCCUGGGCAUCUCUGAUGCAUGGUCAGGGGAAACUGCACUCUAGUGAAACUGAGGUCAAAAAGCAGCUUUCAGAAGAAAGAAGGCAUCAACUUAUGCUUCAGAAAAUGGAGCUUGAAAUUGAAAAGGAGCGCCUUCAGCAUCUGCUGGCCCAUCAGGAGACAAAGCUUCUCCUAAAACAGCAGCAGCUUCAUCAGUCUCGACUAGAUUACAAUUGUUUAUUGAAGUCAAAAUGUGAUGGCUGGGUGCCUGGAACAUCAUCAUCUAUCAAAAAGUAUAAAGAGUCCAUUAAUAGUGGAGAGAAUCGAAGAGAGAAGAAGACAGUAGGGUUUCAGUCGCGUAUGGAAGAAGAUACCCCGUGGGCAUGUCAAAAGAAAGAUACAUAUCAACCCCAAAGAGGUUCUACUGAUCUGAUCAUCUUCUGUCUGGAUUUUGUGUAUUACAGGUAUGAGACAUCUCUGUUGGAUUUGGUUCAAUCUCUGAGCCCAAAGUCGGCCCCCAAACCUCAGCCCCAUCCCUCCAGAGAAGCUGAGGUCUGGAGCCACAGAGCUGGCCGACUAAGUCCCCUAAAAUCAACGUGGAACAAGGUGAGGGCAGGCAGGACCCCCGAAGACCUGGAGGAAAGUCAAAUUCUGGAAGAUAUCUUUUUCAUUUGACACUGAAGCACAUGCUACAAAAUUCCCAACAGAAAUAUGUGGGUUUCUUUAUGUACUGACCUAGGAUUUUAAAUUAUUUGAUUGCAAAGUAAUUGUGUCUCUCCUUUUACAGGGACCUAUCUCUCUACAUGCUGUUAUGAAUUGAACAUGUAUUUUUAAUCAGACCAAUUGGUAGAUAACUUAUUAAGGAAGGAUGGGGUAGAAGGCAGUAUCUUUUCUGUAUCAUGCAGAGAUUAGAAAACUAAUAUGGGACACUUUAUGCAUGCAGAGGCCUUUCCAUAUAUUUGGCCUCAUUUCAAGAGUGUUUCCUUCUCAAUAUUUUGCUGAACAAGGUUGGCUAUCUUUUGUAAACAAGGAAAACUUUUUCACUGAAAGAAUCUCUUAUUUAAAAGUAGCCCCUUUGAAACAUGCAGUUUCAAAAAAGACCCUGUUACCUCUCCAUCUUUCAUCACCUACUUCUAUCUAACUGUAGUCAUUUUCUUCUGAAGUUGGAUUUCGCAGUUGCCCAUCCCUUAAUGAAAAGGGCACAAUUGGCUAGAGGGAGAGACCCAACCAGCAGUUGCAAACCUGGCAUUAAAUCACACAACAGAGUGACUUCCCCAGGGAAAUCUGGUGGAGGCACAAGCCUGAAAUGCUUUUCCUACAUUCUUCCAUUUCCCAGGAUGAAUAAGAGCAAUCUCUCAGUAUUUUUUUAUUGACCCAAUUGUCUAUUUUAUUCACCCUUGUGAACUUGCCAUGCCUGUGUCUGGGGAAUAUGCUACCAGAGGGGGAGCAGCAACAGCCGCAGCAGGCCGACAGGCUUUCCCUGGCCUCCCUCUCACCCCACGAGGAUCAAAGCCCCUCAGUUAACCAUGCCUUCAUGUGCUCUGCUCAGGGCCGUGUCCCAUGGCCCCACAGAAUCAUUUCUACCUGCCAGAUUAUGCUCUACCAGCCCAAGCAGUCUCCCCACUUUCCCACUGGGCCUCACUUUACCCAGUGAGAGAGCCUGUGGAAGACGUUCACGUGAGACCUCAUUCGGUGCCUUCCCAUUCAGCAGAGCUCCUGAGAUGGGUCUCUCUGCCCACAGUGGGCUCCGGUGGCCUCCGGAUGAUGGGCAGUGUGGUGAGCCUAGCAGAGCUGGCGAGUUUAAAACUUUCCAUUCACUAGAAGCAAAGGGGUGUGUGUUGCCCAGUGACUUUAAUUGACCUGGAGAGUGUUGCUUUUUUUCUCUCUCUCUCCUUUUCACCAAACCCAGGCUUGAACUGGGACCAAGACACUUUGUCAGUCAGAAUUGGUAGCCAAGGUCAGCCUACCCAGGGCAGCCUGCACUUAAUGAGCCUGCCUAGCUUCCCUGAAUCCUUCAUUGAAAGUAGGUUAUUUCAGCCUACAAAAGCCUUGUUGAGCAGCUUCCUUAUUAGAAUAGAUCUCCCAUUGUCUCUUCAAACCAGGGCCAUGUCACUUCCACCCAACCUUCCUUCACUCAGGUCUUCUUGUUCUUUGGAGGAGAGAAGAAUGGACCCUACCAAUACCAUAUCCUUCAUCUGAGGUAAUCUGAGGUCAGGACUAACUAGUUGUAGUCAUUUACUUAAAAAAUUGAAAAAUCAUUACAGAUUACAAAAUCCUUUUAAAAUUCACUCUUGUGAGAGUAACUGAAUCAGUUUUAUCCCAUUUCAGAAAGCUUUUUGGAAAAUGGAGCUUUCUUUGGUGUGGCAGAAAUGGGUGGAGCAUACUGAAAGCCCUCAGCCAUUUUCUCAAUUAAAGUUAGAUUUCCAGAACUAUCUUUUCCUUUCCCCAUGUGUCAUGACACACCUUGAGUUCACCCAGCUCUGCUGGAUCAGCCACAACCACACUCUCCCAUCCUGGACACCAAAGCUUUUAUGAUUCUUCAGAAUAACAGAAUACCAGAAGGACCAAGAAAAGGAUUAUGAUUUCUUUAAGAAACUUAUUUGCCUUUAGAAGACUUGUAAACAAGAUCUAAACUAAAAGCUUUUGGGGAGUCACAUGCCAUAAAAUGGAGUUUAACUGCUUCUUCUCCUCCCCUUGCAUGAGCAGUUUAGAAGAACAAAGAUGGAUUUUCAUCAGAGCAUCAAUCAACAUAUUUUUCAUAGAUCAUAUUCCCCCAGCAGUUGCCUUUAUCCUCUAGGUAUUUCUUUAGCGUCAGCCCAAUAGGAUGUCAAUUUGUGUUUAAUCUAAUGUCUUCACUAUGAAUCAAAGAGUAUGUGUUAAUAUUUUAAUCUUUGUCUUACUUUGAGACAGAUCUGUGUGAAAAAGUUGUUUUAGAGUCUCAAGGCUGUUGUAGCAUCUAGAGGCUUACCCUGACUGCAGACUGUCCUGCCAAGGGAGGGUCUGUCACAAAGCAAUCCACCUUUCCUCCGUGUUAAGUGUUCCCAGCAGUGACUGGUUGGGAUUUGCUCAUUGGCCUCCAGCUGCUUCCCCAAAGCAGCACACACAUUGGGAGUGCUCCUAAGCCCUGUGCUCCAUGUUAUUCAAUUCUUAUGAGAGGGGGCCUCUUUUCAUACUUUUUAAAAAUCAUUUCAUUAUAUGGAUUUUUCUUGAAAACCACCUCAUAUCCUUUAUGGAAUGAGGCCAGGCAUAUAUGUACGCACAACAUUGCCCACCUGCUACCCACCAUUUUGUGACAGAAAAACUAAUCAAUGUUUGCAAAAUGGGAAAGGACGAAGAAUGUCAGUUGAAGCUCCCUAAGUAGGGCUCAAAGUACUUGAUUCAGAAAAACAAAGUUAAUCAAGAAAAGCAUUUACCUAGAGUCACCCUUCCAGGAGGGACAGUGUGUUUAUCAAAACCUGACCCCCACGAUGAAGACUCAUCUGGAGAACCCCAAAUGUAAUGGUGAAGGAGAGGCUCUCUCUGCCUUCAGGGCCACACUUGUCACUUUGCCUUCUUCCAGCACCAUGGUUCAAACGAGAGAUUUGUUGGCCAGAGACUCGGGGAAGAGGCAGGUCUAAAAGAGCAGAGCUGAGUGAAGUCUGCAGUCAUGAGGGAAGUGGAAGUGACAGCCACCCAGUUCAUGCUUUAUCCUCACCACAGUGUGCAUUAUUUUUAAUGUGAGCACCUGUUUAUAUGUGUAUGAAAUUUUAAGUUAAUAAAUUGUCUCAUGUUUGUUUU